AUGACUACGUUAAAACGAAAGCGGUUGUCGCUUCGCGAAAAAAUUGACAUUUUAGAUUACCGUAAAAACAACGGAAACGUAGGAAUUCGUGCACUCGCAGAAAAGUUUCAAGUUGGAAAAACACAGAUCGCGGAUAUUGUUUCUAAGACAGAAGAAAUUUAUAAAGUAUGGGUUGAAAAUGGAAAUGAAGAACGAAAAUUAACAAAACUAAGAAAAUUUACCGGACCAACAAUACAAGAAAAGGCUAAACAACUUGCUGAAGUUCACGGAUUAAACGACUUUAAAGCUUCAAACGGGUGGCUGGAAAAAUUUCGAAAAAAGCAUAACAUUUCGUUUAAAUCUAUCUGUGGGGAAGCUUCAGCUGUUGAUAGAAUAGCUGUUGAUGACUGGAAGAAAAAAUUGCCAAACAUAAUCGAUAAAUAUGAAAAGCGAGACAUCUUCAAUGCCGACGAGACUGGACUUUUUUUUAGAGUUCUACCCAAUAAAACUAUGGCAUUUAAAAAUGAAACGUGCAGUGGUGGAAAAGUUUCAAAAGAACGGUUGACUGUGCUAUUGUGCUGUAAUAUAAUAGGUGAGUUUGAACGUCCUCUCAUCAUAGAUAAGGCAAAACGACCGCGGGCUUUCAAAAAAUUAGACGUAAAUAAAUUUCCCGUUGACGGGUGUUGGAAUAAAAAGGCCUGGAUGACGACACAGAUUAUGACAGACUGGCUCAUUAAAAAAUUCGAUAAACAAAUGAUUAAAAGUCAAAGAAAAGUACUACUUGUUGUCGACAAUGCAGCUCCUCAUCCCCAUCUUAAACUGCAAAAUGUCGAGCUAGUCUUUUUUCCCCCAAAUAUGACGUCUCACUGCCAACCUUUGGACCAGGGCAUAAUCCAACAAUUUAAAAAGCUCUAUCGUAAGCAAUUGUUACAAAAAGCUGUUGCUGAUUUGGAUGCUGGAGAAUCUAGCGCUAUAAAUGUUUUGGACGCUGUGUAUUGGGUGGCUUCUGCUCAAGCCCAAAUCAAGCCUGAAACUGUAAAAAAAUGCUUCUUGCGAUGUGGUUUCAGUCACCAAGUCGAUGAACAAUUAGAACAAACAAUUGAUACUGGAGAACAAUCCGUAAUAGAUGGAGAACUUUUAGCUCUCAUCACACUGAUUGACAGCAGUGUUGAAGUAGAGACAUAUUUUGAAUUAGACAAAAUCAUUUCCACUCACGACACCAAUCUAACAGGCACCGAUGAUCCUGAUGAGCACGAUGAGCCCGAAAAUGAGGAAGAAGACGAGCCUGCAGAAGCAGAAACUUCAAAAUAUCAAAUUACAAGUUUACAGGAUGCUUUGUCUGCUGUAAAGAGCGUAAGUCAUUUCAUUUCAUCAAUAGAGGUAAAGAGCAAUUCUAUUUUUACUUCUGCUGUAACAUUAGCGAAUGAUAUUACUAAUGAGAUUGUACAGAGACGGUGUAAUUAUAAAAAGACAAAGCUCACCGAUUUUUUCAAACAAAAAUAA